ACCUCUUCCGCGAUUCUGGACCCUCUUGCACCCCCUCCGAGUCACAAGGCCAAUGAUCCAUGGUCCCAACAAUGGUACUCGGCCAUGGAAUCAGACCCAAAAGAGCACCGCGAUAUCCUCCUGGAGUCGCAGUCAUCUGCCUUGUCAACCAACCACUCGGCGUCUUCCGCGGCGUUCAAGUAGGCGAGGUUUCCCAGCUACUGGUAUCGUAGCGUCUCGCUCACCCACUCUCCCUCCAGCAUUCGGCAUACAGGUACAUCGUAGAAAGUUUCGGCCUCUUCAGGCAUGUCAGGACAAGUCAAAGCCAAAGGGUCCUUUUCCAGUCUCUCCCCUUUUCUGUCAUCAUCAAGCGUGCGAGCUGCAGCACACAAAACAUCGCUUCAUCCGAAAACCUCCGUAACGCCCGGAAGUUAAAAAUGGAAUAUCACACACAGACACACCUCGACUGCGUCCAACCAGCCAGCCAGCCAGCCCUGCGACGCCGACACUCACACAACCGAAACAGAAGCGGGGGAGGGGGAGGGGAGGGAGGCUCGUCCCCCCUUCCCCUGUUCAGACUUUGUGAUGGGGGCAGUGGGUUGCAUCGCAGUAACAGGCCUUGCACGGGGCCCAGGAAGCUCCAUGCCCUGCGUCCGCGCUCUUCUCCAGAUUACUAACUAUGCUUCCCGCCUGCGUCUUUCUACAGAGGCUACCUACUAUCUGUGGAGCACAUCCACACCAAACAAAAUGUGGAAGGCCACUCACUCGUCUGGUCCGUCCGUCCGGUUGCAGGUUGCAGCUGCGUCCUGGAGUUAGUUGGACGCCCGUCAGAAGUGCCCUGGCGAGGUGUGACUGUCUGGGGACGUCACUCGCUCGUUGUGUCUCCCUCUCCCUCCACUGACUCGAUGAUUGCGGCUGCGUUCUGUUGGACGUGUCCACAGUCCUCGUGUCAACCUCGUUCUCCCCAAUCCCCCGGGGGGCCUCUACCGAGACCGAGGGCCCCCGUGCUCCGCUCCGUGUCUUCAUCCCGAAUGGGAUCUCGCGUCCCGGCUUUCGCGGCGGCAUAGCCUGACAGACGUCCUGGUCGACGACGACAAGAGCCGAGGUUGACCACGCUGCUUUGAUUUGUGUACACGAUCCCCGGUCAAACGCUGCGCACUCCCAGCCGCAGCGACGUAUGUCGAGUGCGUCAGCCGCAACGCACCAUGAUACACAUGGUAGUGCUUAUGGGGCGCCGCCAAAUCCCACCCAAUUACCGUGACCGUCUUGGGGUCAAGGUUCCUCCCUCACAUCGCAGUACUCGUGAGGGAUGGCAUCUGACAUUGGGCAGGUAUUUGCACAUUCGCUCGUUUUCAAAGCCUUCGUCCUUUUGUGGCUUUGUCUUGUGCUGAACAUGUUCAAAGAACGUGGCCUAGGAGAACCCUCUUCCCUUUCCCUCCCCCGAAACCUCCAGAAGCGCUUCCUCAGUCUCUUCUGCCUGACCACCGACUGUCUUAUCGGCCAUUGAACCAGCAAUCAUACUGUAGCUCGAGUCCUGCAUGCUCCCGUCCCCCAACAAACCCGGCGUCUCACUAUCCCGUCAUCCUCUCACCGCUGGCCCGUCAUGACAGUCGCACAGGGCCAUCACAACCUCGUGUCCGUGACGAGACUCUCGCCACCGGUCGACACGACGCAACCCUACGACCCCUCUACCCUCUCAGGCAAGACGGUCCUCAUCACCGGCGGCGCUCUCGGCCUGGGCGCCGCCUUUGCCCGCGAGUGGGCCUCCCACGGGGCCAACAUCAUCGUCGGGGACGUCAACCCGUCCGCCGGCGAAGCCCUCGUCGCCACGCUGCGCACCGAAAACCCAAAGGGCUCCCACCACUUCGUCGCUUGCGACGUGACCUCCUGGGACUCGCAGGUCGCCUUCUUCAAGGAGGGCGCCCGCCUCUCACCUGACGGCGCCGUCGACGUCGUCGUGGCCAACGCAGGCAUCAAUGACCCGGCCGCCAACCACCGGUUCGAGAGCCCGGUCCCCUCGGCGACGGACCCGGACGCGCCCACCGAGCCCUCCAACAGGAUCAUCGACGUCAACGUCACGGGCCUGUCAUACACGGCCCACCUCGCCCUCUUCUGGCUGCCGCGCAACGGGCCCUCCCGCGACAGGUGCCUCGUCCUCGUCGGCUCCGUCGCCGGCGUCCACCAUUUCCCAGGCCAGUCGCCCUACACUCUGUCCAAGCACGCCGUGACGGGCCUGUUUCGGUCCAUGCGCGCGACGGCCCACCUGCGCCACGGGAUCCGGCUCAACAUGGUCUGCCCCUACUUCGUCAGCGGUAGCAGCAUGUUCCCUGCCGCCGCGGAGGCGGCGCUGCUUGGCGGCGGCGCCGGUGGAGCGCGGUUCGGCGACGUCGUCGACGCGACGACGAGGCUCGUGGCGGACGAGGCCAUCGUCGGGCGGGCGCUGCUCGUGGGCCCUCCCGUCGCGAGCGAUGAUGGCGAGGACAAGACGGCGGCAUGGGACGUGUACGCGGAGGACUACAAGGACUGCGAGAUGUUUGUGUGGCGCUGGGUGCGGAUGUUGAACACGGUCGAGUACCUCAGGGGGUGGACCGGGUGGGUUGGGGAUGCGCUUUCGAUUCUGACGAGAACGGUGAGGGGCGGGAGGUGAUAGGUAAU